CUCGUAGGAUACUCACUAACAAUAACAUUUCUUGACAAUGUGGCACCUAGUGCUGCUUGCUUCUGUUCUGCCGCUCAGCGUUUUGUCGCAGCGACUUUGCGAACGGAGUGGUUAUUGUUCGCUCGGGAAAAUCCAAGGGUACAUCGGGCCCUUGGACACCGCAGCGCAACUAAAGGAUGCGCUUGAAAAGACGCAUUACAAAAAGGAGCUCAUCAUGUGGGCAGACGAUCGGGUGACGGACGGGUCGCAAGGCUUGUACCGUCUGCGCGAGGCGGGCUACGCCCAUGUGCUUGGCGUUCUGGAGGAGCCGGUGCAGUGCGAGCGGUUGCGCUACGUGUUCCUGCCCUGGCUGGCGGAUGAAGGGCCGGUGUCGUGCGGCACCUACGCCACCAAGGACCCCGUCACGGGCAAGGACUACCCAUUUAGAUUCAACUACUUUGCCAGGGGCAUUGGCAUGCCCGCUUGGUGGAAGAAGUUCUUCACCGCAGGCCGUGCUGUGGCCCUCGGCUAUAACGUCCUUGCGGUUGACUUAGAUGUCCUCAUCAUGGACGACUGGUACUUUCGAGUAAAGCAGCCGCCGCUUAGUAACUACCACAUGCUUAGUCAGAACGAGUGGGGGAUAAACCUGAACUGUGGCUUCAUGUACUUUCAGAACGCCUCGCCCACCGGCCCGGUGGCCUGGAUCCUGUUCGACUACAUGUACCGCGUGGUGCGUUGGGCGGAGGACGACACGUGGCUGGCGGACACGUCGCCUUCCUACCGCACGAGCCGCGGCAUGCCGAUUACAGAGCAGGGCAUGCUUCAGGACUGCGUGUUCAGCUGCGUCAACGGGCGGCCCACCUACGCCGCCAUCCUCAACAUCUUCCGGGACGACAAGGAGGCCUACGCCAAGCUCAACACCACGGAGCACGAGCUGUUCCGGGCGCUGCAUGACCCGCUGCACAAAGUCUGGGAGCAGCGCAAGACCUACAAUGUAACGGGCGAGCUGGCUUCGGCUGUGUGUGAGCAGUACAAGGAGACUAACUGCGCGGCGCCGGUGGCCCAGGUGGCAAUAUCGACAGUAGAGCUCAAGAUGCCCCACAGUGGCGGCCAGUACCCGCUGCAGCUGGGCGGCUACCCCUUCAACAAGGCACUGGGGCCCUACGCUCUGGCCUACAAGGCGUCGUUCCAGGAGCUCGGCGUGCCUCUGCCGCCCGACCCCGAGGACCCCGCGACCGAGGCAGCGGCCCGCGCCGCCAAGCCCGAGCUGUUUGGCUACCUAGCCGUAAGGGACGGCGGCGACUCGCACUGCCUGGGCUGCUGGGCGCAGUCCACCUGGAUGAUGGCGGGCAAGCACGGCUGGUGGCACCGCCACCUCGUGCCUCCGCAGCAGCGCGGCAAGAUGGGGCUGGGCCACAUGUGGGCGGCGUUGCCACCCGGUGACUUCCAGAAGCACCUCAUCUACAUGUGGACUGGGCACUGGAAUCGGCGCAUUGCCGCCAGGGCGUCUGAGGGCCGGCAGCGGAUGUUCCUCUCCAACCAGCCUGUCAGCGGCCCCGGCGGCCGCGUGGAGGUGCCGGAGUGGAGGGCAGUGGUGGCAUACGCGCCCGGCGUCAUCCACUCCGGGCUAGGCAAGGAGCAGUUCCUGGCUGCGGCCGCGGGCCUGGCGCAGGUGGCGACGUCGCUGAGGGCCAUUGCGGCCUGGCCGACUGUGCCCUGUGACAGCGACUGGGCGCUGCUGCCUGAGGUGCGCGGCAAGAUCCAGAAACCCAUCAAGCACUCCGUUCCCUGGUCCACAUACCUGGACACCACGUUCCAGGUGGUCCCGUUUGGUGAAACGCUAGACACGUUACAGUGCGAUUGGCCAGGUUUUACGCAUGUCGACUGCAUGGUAAACCGGCAGCCGCAAGGCCAGGAAGUAGGGCGUGGAAUGAUGGGGGUGGAGUUUUCAGCGCUGCGCAUCGCACAGGGCGCCCGCGGCGCGCCCUCGCCACAGACCACCAUCAACCUGGGGAUGGGCCCCGCCCCCGCAGCCCCCGGCGUGCAGCUGGUUGAUGUGCCGUACGCCACACUCAUGUCGCUCAACAGCGAGGCGGUGCUGGACCGGCUGACACGGGAGUCGGUGGCGGUGUUCUGGCUGGACCGACUGGUGGGCAGCGUCACCAACAUGACGGGGCAGGCAGGGGAUGUGUACGGGCGGUGGCAGAAGAAGUGUCAGGCUCUGCACUACUACACCCUGCCGGCGGCGCACAGAGAGCGGUGGUAGUCCGGUUUGGAUGCGUGCACAGCAAAGUGGCGGUGUUGGCUCGGUUAUAGGGCUUUUCCGUGGUGGGGCUGGCAGGGCAUGCGUAGCGGCGGCAUGCGUACGUGUGCUGCGGUUGGCUCUGCUUUGGCAUCGCAGUUGCUAGGCACCUGGUUUGGCUAUGUGGCUGUGGAGACCGACCCCGUGGCUGUGUCAGAGGAACACUUGUCGGCGGGAGGGUCGCGCCCAGGUCGCGCCACUGUGCCAGGUGGCGCUACUGCUGAACCUGCCCACGUCUGUGAGUGUAUUCCCAAACUGGGCAGCCGCCCUUACACUCGGGCCGUGACUGAGGAUGCGCUGCGUGGGCACCCACGGCGGCGGUGCGCUGAGCGCAUUGGUGCGUGUCGGCGGCUCAGGGCUGCCCAGAGCCGCCUGCACCGCAUUUCACAGGCGCUAUGUCGGGCAUCCACGCCAUGUCGGCCUUCGAAAGGAGCCACGGCAGCCCCUGCCAGCUUUGGGCACAGUGCGUGUGUAGCCUUGCACGCACCCCUGGGCUGGGCGCCGCCUACUGGGGGUCCGUAUGCUAGCUGAUUCGCCCAGGUGUGAUGCCGGCGACUGCUAUGCAUGUACCCAGAGGCUUCUGGAGGGCUGGGGACAGGAGUGGGAUGCAGCAGUGGGGCGUGGCGGCCUGGCGGGCCCAGGAAGUGCACGCAGGGCAUGGCCAGGGCACCGUGGUGC